UCUUUGCAGCACGUACUUGAGGAGGGCAGAGGCUGCUGAUAUCCAUCUGUCUGUCUGUAAAUCCAUCUGCUUGUCUGCCUGCUGUUUGUCUGUCAAUCCAUCUGUCUGAUCUCCUUUCUUUUAAGCCCAUCUCUGCAUAAUGUCCAUCGAACCUUCCUCUCUGUCCAGCUGUCUGGCUUAGAUGUCAAUCUAUCUGUUUCUGCCUCGAUUUUUCCAUCUGUUCACUCAUCAGUGAGUCUACCUGUGCAGCUUCUUGUCCAUUUAUGUGCCUGUCUGUCUGUCCAACCUCUGGCCUACCUGCCUACCUGCCUCCCCUCUCCUCCCAGGCCAGCAGCCAUGGCUCAGUGCCACAGGGCCAUCGUCAGCCUGGUCUUGCUGGGGCUAGGGCUGGGGCUGGCCAUUGUUGUGCUGGCUGUGGUUCUCGCUCACCACCCUCCUUCCUGUGGCCCCCAAGCCUUUGCCCAUGCCGCUGUAGCUGCUGACUCCAAAGUCUGCUCAGACAUUGGACGAGCCAUCCUCCAGCAGCAAGGCUCACCUGUGGAUGCUGCAAUCGCAGCCCUGGUCUGCACGGGUGUUGUCAACCCCCAGAGCAUGGGCCUGGGCGGAGGGGUCAUCUUCACAGUCUACAAUGCAACAACAGGAAAGGUAGAGGUCAUCAACGCCAGAGAGACAGUACCUGCCAAGCACAACCGGGACCUGCUGGACCAGUGUGGAAAGGCCCUGCCAUUGGGCACAGGAGUUCAGUGGAUCGGGGUUCCUGGGGAGCUCCGUGGCUAUGCAGAGGCCCACCGCCGCUAUGGCCGCCUGCCCUGGGCACAACUGUUCGAGCCCACCAUCACACUGCUCCGAGGGGGCUACCGUAUGCCCUCUAUCCUCAGCAAGUUCCUGAACAGCACCUUUCUGAGGCCUUCUUUGUAUGCAUCUACCCUGAGGCAGCUCUUCUUCAAUGGGACAGAAAUCCUGAGGCCUCAGGACCCAUUCCCAUGGCCUGCUCUGGCCACCACACUGGAGACUGUGGCCACGGAGGGUGCAGAGGCCUUCUACACAGGGAGACUGGGCCAGAUGCUGAUAGAGGACAUUGCCAAGGAAGGAAGCCAACUGACGCUCCAGGACCUAGCUGCAUUCCAGCCUGAAGUGGUAGAUGCCCUGGAGAUGUCCCUGGGAAACUAUACCCUGUACUCACCACCACCACCUGGAGGGGGCGCCGUUCUCAGCUUUAUCCUCAAUGUGCUCAGGGGGUUCAACUUCUCUGCAGAAUCGGUGGCCCAGCCUGAAGGGAAAGUGAACAUGUAUCACCACCUCGUGGAGACACUCAAGUUUGCAGGAGGUCAGAGGUGGCGGCUGUGGGACCCUCGCAGCCACCCAAUGGUCCAGAAUGCCUCCCAAGAUUUGCUGGAGGACGCUCUGGCCCAGCACAUCCGCCAGCAGAUCGAUGACCAUGGGGACCAUCAGCUCAGCUACUACAACUUGACUGGAGCCUGGGGCCUGAGGAUGGGCACCUCCCACGUGUCUGUGCUAGGAGAGGAUGGUAGCGCUGUGGCUGCCACCAGCACCAUCAACACACCCUUUGGAGCAAUGGUGUACUCACCACGGACUGGCAUUCUCCUCAACAAUGAACUGCUGGAUCUAUGUUGGAGACAGCAGCCAGGACUCAAGGUCACCCCACAACCUGUUCCAGGUGAGAGGCCACCAUCAUCCAUGGUACCCUCCAUCUUGGUCAACGAAGCCCAGAGAUCAAAGCUGAUUAUUGGUGGGGCUGGCGGAGAGCUCAUCAUCUCUGCGGUGGUCCAGACCAUCAUGAACAAGCUGUGGCUUGGCUUUGAUCUGGCAGAAGCCAUUGCAGCCCCUAUCCUGCAUGUCAACAGCAAGGGUCGUGUGGAAUAUGAGCCUGAAUUCAGCCAGGAGGUACAGAAGGGGCUCGAAGACCGUGGCCAGAAACAGACACCAAGGCUCUUUUUCCUGAAUGUGGUCCAAGCCAUAUCUCAGGAGGGACCCUGUGUGUACGCAGCAUCUGAUCUGAGGAAGGAUGGAGAGGCUGCCGGCUAUUAAGAGGACAGCCUGGUCCACAGCUAGAUACGGCUUCUUCCCUCUGGCAGUCCUGUGCCCCAGCUGGACAAAACCAUGGGAGCAAGAGUUCCAGUGGGACCCCAGGCUAUGGAGUCAAUCAGGCAGCCGGAUGACGAUGGGGCUUUGUUCCUAAUCCCUCACAUAGCCCUGCUGUGACUACCUAGCCUUCUUUUUGCCUCUUGCUUAGCCGAGCUGUGUACCUACCAGACGAAAAUUAAAGAGGAGCAAGACUCUGAGUUGA